AUGAGCCGAAGAUUCUUGUUUUUUGUUUAUUUUUGUGUGAUUUAUGCCGAUGUGAAUGGACCGUUGACAGAUGAUUUCACGAAUUGGUUGAACAGCAAUAAUUAUAUCUCGGACAAUUUCACUCGAACCGAUUACAAGACAAAGGGCAGUUAUGGUGGAAAGAGCAAGGCGAAUCCAGUGACUACGAAAACCCCGGUGAUCUUUAUUCAUGGAAAUUCGGAUUCGGCUCUCCAUUCGAGUGCAACAGCCACUGGUUGGGAUAACACAAUCGCGUACUUUCUGGCUAGAAACUAUACCACAGCUGAUCUUUAUGCGACGUCGUGGGGUGACUCAAAUGCAUUGAAUGCGGAUACGAGAACGCAUAACUGUAAAGAAGUGCUCCGAUUGAGGCGAUUCAUGGAGGCUGUCCUGAAGUACACCGGAGCUCCAAAAGUUUCAUUCAUCACUCAUUCGAUGGGAGUCACGUUGGGCAGAAAAAUUAUCAAAGGAGGAAAGAUCUCAGCGAGCGAUGGAAACUGUGAUGUUGGUGCUCCAUUGACGAAAAACGUAGACGUUUUUGUGGGACUUUCGGGUGCAAAUUACGGUCUCUGCACUUGUGAAGCAUCGGGCGUAUCGAUAGCCACUUGUAAUAAAGAUGAUGGUCUUUGGCCGGGUGAUACGUGUGGUUUCAAUAUGUAUGUGUGUGCCGAGAAUCCUUUGAUGUUUCCAUGCAGUGGGCCCACUUAUUCAAAGUUUCUCACCACUUUGAACACAGAUACGACACGUGAGGGAUCGUAUGUGUUCAGUGCUUGGAGUGUUGCUGAUGAUGUCAUUUUGGGCGGUGAUAUGGUUUGGGGAAGACCGACGAGUUUGAUCCCGACUUCUAAUGAUCACAAGACCUAUCUAUCCUACGGACACAUGGCCACCAAAGAGUUGACGGCCGACGAUCAGUAUGGAAUGGUUGUCAACAAGAAGAUCCCCCAAUCGACAGGACAUACGUUGCUACAAGAUGGGAAGAAGCAAAUAGAAAGAUCGCCCCGAUUUGUACGAUCUUCCUUCUUGACU